AUGGAGUUGUUGCAAGAAGUGAAAGGCUAUUCACAAGAGGAAGAGGAAGAAGAAGAAAUCAUAACAAGAACAACAAAAGAUGAAGAAAAUAGUAGUAAGCAACAAUUACAACACUGCCCUUUUUCUUCUUCUCCUUCUAAUUUCUCUUUAUCUUCUUCUUCACCUUCAACAACUCAUCACCCUCAUCAUCAUCAUAAUCAUGAUGUCACAAAUCAAUGGCUAGGAAUCAAUCAUCAUCAUCAUCACUCUCCAGAGUCUCACAAUUCAUCUUCUGGAGGAUUAGGGUUAUUACACCAACAACAUCAAGAUGCAACAACAACAACAACAACCUCGAAUUUCACAAAUCAAACAAGUUUAAAACAAAUUGAUUUCAUGGAAUUAUCACUAGGUAACAACAACAGCUUCAACAAAGAUCCUAGUUCUUCAAAUGCAAACAACAUAAACAGCGAACUUCCCCAUCAACAGCAGCAGCAACAACAACAACAGCCUAGUACUCAUGAAAAAGAACACAUGUUUGACAAAGUUGUAACACCAAGUGAUGUUGGAAAACUCAACCGUUUAGUGAUACCAAAACAACAUGCCGAAAAGUAUUUCCCUCUCGAUUCGACAUCGAACGAGAAAGGUCUUCUUCUCAAUUUCGAAGAUAGAAAUGGAAAAUUGUGGCGAUUUAGAUACUCUUAUUGGAACAGUAGUCAAAGCUAUGUUAUGACAAAAGGUUGGAGCCGUUUUGUCAAGGAGAAGAAACUCGACGCCGGUGACAUUGUUUCGUUUCAACGAGGCGUUGGUGAUUUGUUUCGACAUCGAUUGUUCAUCGAUUGGAGGAGAAGAUCUAAUCAUAACCAUAAUAUGGAUCCUUCAGCAACACUUUUCACUCCUUUCUUUCUUCCUAAUCAACAACAAUAUUCUAUUAGAUGGGGAGGUGCUAAUAGUAGAUUCUACUCACUUCCUUAUCCCUCACCACAAAGGUUACAACAACAACAAAAUCUCCAUGACCCUUUACAGAAUCAGAUGAAUUACAAUUACCAAAUGUAUCCAUUUCAUCAACAUGGUGUUGGAAAUGUGAAUCAGAGUUACAAUUUUCAUCAUCAUGAUCCAAGUUCUGUCUUUUACAUGAGAUCAUCAUUACCCGCUGCCGCACCGUCGAUGGUUGAUCAAGGAAGCUUAACAAGACAACAAGGAGGAGUUGGAGGAGACAAUAAUGUUUCAAACAUGAUUAUUGAUUCUGUUCCUGUUUCUCAUCAUUAUCAUCAUCAACAAGGUGGUAAGAGUGGUUAUUCCAGCACUGGAAAUUUUACUAGUACUACUACUAUAGCCAGUACUAGUACUAGUAUUAAUGGUGCUGCAAAAAGGUUAAGGUUGUUUGGUGUGAACAUGGAAUGUGGAUCUUCAACAAGUGAUGAAAAUUUGGCUAAUUCAGUUCCUUCUUCUUCUUCAAAUUUGAGGUUACAUCAUGAAGAAACACUUUCAACAUCAACAAGAUAUCAAGAGGACAAGAGAAGAGAAGCUUCAUUGAUUUUUGGUUUAGACCCUUCUUUGCAAUAUCAUAAUUUUCAUCAACAAUGA